AUAUGGGCAUUUCGAAUGGCUGGUCAUGCCUUUUGGCCUUACGAAUGCCCCGGCCACUUUCCAAGCGGCUAUGACAACGGAGUUCCGACACAUGCUGGAUCGAUACGUACUUAUCUACCUCGACGACAUCCUGGUGUACAGCCGGAGUUUGGAGGAGCAUGUGGAACACCUGCGCACCGUUUUGGAGCGGCUACGAYAAGCCAAGUACAARGCCAACCGCGACAAGUGCGAAUUYGCRCGGCAGGAGYUGGAGUACUUGGGACAUUAUGUGAYGCCGCAAGGCAUCCGUCCGMUUGCGGACMAGAUCGAGGCCCUACGAGUAUGGCCCGAGCCCACCAACACCACGGACGUUCGUUCAUUCAUGGGAUUGGCGGGCUACUAUCAGCGAUUCAUCACCGGAUAUUCCAGGAUUGCUGCACCUAUGAUGAGGUUACAGUCGCCAAAGGUGCCAUUCGUAUUCGAUGGCGACACACGCCGGUCAUUCCAAGCACUUAAGACGGCCAUGCUCAUGGCACCCAUCCUUAGCAUCUAUGACCCCACCCUGCCGACGCGAGUGACUGCAGACGCUUCCGGCUAUGGCAUUGGGGCAGUCUUGGAACAGCACGACGGCGACGACUGGCACCCUGUGGAGUAUUUCAGCCACAAAGUGUCUCCCAUCAACUCGCUUGAUGAUGCAAGGAAGAAGGAGCUGCUCGCAUUCGUCAUGGCUCUCAAGCAAUGGCGACACUUCCUCCUUGGGCGUCGUAGGUUCACAUGGGUUACGGACAACAAUCCAUUGACCUACUACAAGACGCAGGAUACGCUAUCUUCGGAUCACCCGCCGGCCAGCCACUAUCGCAUUGCCGACGGGUACUUGCUCCUCCACUCGAGAGGCAAGGACUUACUAUGUGUCCCACGCGACCGCCGUCUUCGGACUCGCCUCCUCGGCGAGUAUCAUGAUUCGCGACUCGCCGGCCAUUUAGGAGUCAACCGCACUAUUGCACGGCUUCGACAGCGAUUCCGAUGGCCCGAUCUCAUUACCGACGUCACUCGGUAUUGUGACUCUUGCGAAGUUUGCCGACGCAGCAAGCCCCGCAACCGCAAUCCCUACGGCGUGUUACGCCCGAUGCCUAUCCCACGGGAAGCUGGUCUCUCCAUUGCCAUGGACGUCACCGGUCCGUUUCCCCGCGACCGGCUCGGGCACGACGGCAUCCUCACGGUUGUGGACCGAUUGAGUAAGUACGCUCGUUUUCUCCCUUGCAAGUACUACUCCACGGCUCCCGAGCUGGCACGCCUCUUGCACACUGGUUGGAUUUGUGGCCACGGUGUACCAGAAGACAUAGUCAGCGACCGCGACACUCGUUUCAUGUCGACUUUUUGGACCUCUCUCAUGCAGGAGUUCGGCACGACGAUGCAACCAAGUUCGGCUCGGCAUCCACAGACAGACGGGUUGACGGAGCGGGCACAUCAAACCGCUCAAAUGAUGCUUCGUACGCUCAUCCAUCCGGACCAGAAAGAUUGGGUUGACCACCUCCCCGACAUCGAGUUCGCCUACAACACUUCGGUGCAUCCGGCGAUCGGCGUGACUCCAUUCGAGUUGCACCAUGGUGGACGGAAAGGCCGGAUCUUCUCCGACCUUCUCCUCCCUCGACCAACCGACAUUGACGCUGCCUGCCCUCCCGCUUCCGUCCAGAAGUAUAGGGAAUUGCUGACUCAAUCCCGCGCAAACAUGCAAAAGGCUCAAGUCCGCAUGCAGCAGCAAGCCAACAGGCGUUGCGUACCAUGUCCCAUCCGCGCCGGUGAUCUGGUUUGGGUCUCCGCGGAAGAGUUUGCACUGGAACAGGAUGUUUCAGGCAAACUGCUUCCCAAGUGGUUUGGACCUUGGUCUGUGACAGCAGCCGCGGGCGAUGAACCCGAUGGCCCUUCAUUUGUGAUCAACAUUCCAGAGCAUCUGACGGUCCAUCCGGUCUUCCACGCCUCGAAGCUGGCAACAUACACGCCAGCCUAGAGCGACGACUUUCCGGGCCGACGAUCGCAGGACCCUCCUUCUAUGGAUGGUCAUCAGGAAGUUGACCGCGUCAUCACCGAUCG